AUGGUGGGCCACAAACAGAGAAGGUUGGGGCAUGCAGAAAAACCUUCUGCUAGAGCAAGAAGCCAUGUAGAAAGCCCCUUGGCCGUGCUACUUUUGAAGAUGUGGAGCACAGGAGAGUUGUCGGGCCCAGCCUUGCAAGAGAUUGCAAAGGCAGCUGCAGAUAGUGGAUGCCAGGGGCAAGAUGUUCAGAGGCUUGCGAUGCUGGGCGCAGCAGGCAACAGUCCGCAGAAUAUACAAAGAGAUCUUAUGGCCUUGCAUUUCAAAGACUUGAAAGCGCCACCUGUUCACACCGUGGAGACCAAAAUUUGGGGAAAAGAUGGUGACGGACAAAAAACUCUCUUACAGAGCAAGCUGCCCUUGCUUCUCCCCCAUGAAUGGAUGAGCAUGGCGAAGAGCUUUCCCGACAUCAAGAAGGACGCGCCUUUGGUUUUUGCUCUACAUGGCGAUGCUGCCCCGCACACUGAGACAGAUUCUUUGCUGGUGGUCAGCCUGAGAAGCCUCACCACCAAGCUCUCUGUCUCAGAGAGCCAGCUGCUCCUCUUCGCCUUGCCCAAAAGCAUGAUAAGCAAGGAAACGCUGCAGCCUAUUUGGAAAAUUCUCUGCUGGAGCCUUGAAGCUAUGACUAAGGGAAGGUGGCCUACCAAAGCGCCUGGGAACUUGCCCACUUACAAAGUCAGCAAUGGCGGCAAACCUCUCAUGGGCUGGGAGAAGAGAGCCAUGGUGUACUGCAUCACCGGUGACUUGGAGUGGUACAGCAGCGAGUUCCACUUCCCCUAUGCAAUGGAGAACCACCCCUGUCCAUGGUGCAAAUGUGACAUGCACGACGAAAUUCCUGCCUUUGACUUUAGAAGUAGCGCUAAAUGGCGGGAAACUAUCAGGUCGGCAGAGGAGAUGAAUGCGCAGUACAAGCACCCCUUGUUUGCAGUUCCUGGCCUCAACAGUCAGUGCAUCUUCUUAGACCCAAUGCACACUAUAGACCUUGGGGUCUCAAUGCAUGUGGUGGGGUCGGUCCUAUGGGACCUCAUCGAAGAUGAGAUGGUAGCUUCGAAUCGGCCAGCCAGAUGUGCAGCAGUCAACAGACUGAUUGUUGAGGCCUACAACUUCUUGGGCACACCUUCUUCAAAACGAGUGGGUGUGCUAAAGCUGACAGACAUCGGAGACAGCACCACUGAAUUUCCAGUGCUCAAGCAUUGCAAAGCCAGGAAAGUGAGGUAUCUGGUGCCAGCAGUGAAAAAGUUGUGUGAACAGUUUGAAACAACGAAGUAUGGAGAGCACAGACUGAAGAUGAUUACAGCCUUGGACGACAUGCUGCAGCUGAUGGACAUGAAGCUCUACAAAUUUCCCGCUGCUUUGCAGGACAAGUUCGCCCAGAAGGUCCACAGCUUCCUGCUGCAGUAUAGCUACAUGGCUAAACUUUCAUCUCAGCGAGGGUGCCUGAGAUACUCAAUGGUGCAAAAGCACCACCUGACCAGCCAUCUGAGCUGGUUCACUGAGAGCUGUCACCCCCGCUGCUUUUGGACUUAUGGCAGUGAAAGUUACAUGGGCCACAUGGUACGGAUCGCAAAAGCAUGCGUCCGAGGCCAGUCUCCGCCGAAGGCGGCUGAAAGCAUCAUGCAGAAGUACAGGCUCAGCAUGCACUUAAUUCUCAGUGGCUUGAUGGUUUUAGACGAGGGAGGAGAUGACUGA